AUGAACCUCAAUUUAAACCUAGUGUUAAAAAAGAGCAAGUUUAAGAAAAAGUCUCUGGUUAAGCUGAAAUAGUCCCAGAGUAAGAAUUUACAUUUUGUCUCAGAUAAAAAAGGUCUCUUCUAUAAAUCAAGAGUCAGAAAAACUAUUGAAUAAUCUUCUUAACAAAUUAGAGAAAAAUAAAAUGUAGAGGAUAUAAAAAAAGCUGAAUCGUAAUAUAUUACUUCAUACGAUAAUUAAUAAUCAAUUUAUGAUUAGCAAGAAUAAUUACAAAAUUAAUACCAAGAAAAUCGGUAGUAAGACUCUGAAUUGAAUUUAUAGAAUUAAGACUAAUAAGAACAAUCAGAAAAUGUUUAAUCUUUAUAAUAAUAUUAAGAAUAAGAUUAAUAGUAUGAAUAUUAAGAAUAAGAUUAAACAAUAACAAUAUUAAGAAUAACAAUAAUAAUAUUAAGAAUAAGAAUAAAAAUAAUACUAAGAAGAAUAAUAAGUUGUAAAAAAAGAAGAAGAAGAAUCUACUUAUUAAGAUAAUUAAAAUGAUUAAAACUAAUAAUUUUAAUUAUAAAAUAACUAAUAUGAUGAUGGACAAUAAUUAUUUAAUAAUCUUAUGAAGCUUAUAAUGAAUAUAUACUGA